CCCUAGACUGAGUGAAACAUUAUCAUUACCCUAUAUGUACCUAGGUAGUAAUCUCUUUUAUAAAAUGGUUUGUACUGUGAUCUCUUUUAGCUAUGACUUAGGCUAGGUAUAGGUUACUAAUUCAUAUAGGUACUAGCUAUUUUGGUAUUACCUAUUUCUACUGUUAAUUCUAUACUUUAUACCAUAUAUCUAUAAGAUCUACCUAGUCUAACCUAACCUAUAGCACCAGGAACUCAACUGACCAAGGAGCAACCCCUCCCCCCUCCUCAACCUGACCUAGGAUGCCAUUAGUCAUACUAUGGGAGGACCUGUACAUUAUGAAGAUUAAUGGCAAAACACAGUUAGUAGGUGAUAAAGUAAUUCUUGUGCCAUACAAGAAGUCCCACGUCGCAAAGUAUCAUAAGUGGAUGCAGUCACCGAGAUUGCAGGAACUUACUGCAUCAGAGCCUCUUACUGAAGAGGAAGAAUAUGAUAUGCAGAAGUCAUGGUAUGAAGAUGAUAAUAAAUGUACAUUUAUCAUAUUAGACAAAGGAUGCUUUGAAGAAACAGGAUCUGAGGAGCAGUCCAUGAUAGGUGAUACUAAUCUUUACCUUAAUGAAGAUGAAGGGAAAUCUGUAGCGGAAGGAGAGAUAAUGAUAGCGGAAAUGGCCUUUGCAGGGAAGAAGCGAGGCUGGGAAGCGAUGCUCCUCAUGUUCCGCUACGGAGUGGAAUGCUUAGGAAUUGUGAAGUACCAAGUGAAAAUUGGUAUGUCGAACACUCCGAGUAUUUGUAUGUUCAAGAAGAUGAAUUUCUGCACUGUGUCUGAGUCACAAGUGUUCAAGGAGAUCACUAUGGAAAGUGAAGUGAAUGAGACAUGGAGAACUUGGUUAAAUGAGAACACAAAACAUUUUAGUAUUGUUCCACAUGAAAAUGAAGAUCUAGGAUAAAGUGUGAUACUAAGACCUGCUGUUUCAUUAUAUUCACGUACCAGACAGCACAAGGACUGAUUCUUGUAGCUGCUUGGGAUCUUGGGAUCCACCCACACUUAUGUAGUGCUGGAUGCCACUUUUCUCUUUAAUUUCAAGGAGCUUAAGCUUUGAGGACUGUUUCUUGCUUACAAAAUGGGCUGACUGUGAAUAAAGAAUUUGUAUUAAAAGUUAAAUUUUGAUUUUUAAGAAAGUAACAUGUUUUUGUUCUCUGUAGG